GUGGGUAUAUAUGAUAGAAAACAGAUUAAACGGGGCCGUCCUCGCAAAUUGUGAGAUACGUGGGGUACGGCCCCAAAGCUGACUACUGGGGUUACUAAGGGACAUUUAAGUCUCUUUUUUGGUAGUUGUUUACUCAACAUUAUUUUUUUCCUAUCUAAAUAUUUCAAGAAAUUAUUCAGAAUUUUCUACGGCUGUUUUUCUAAAUUGGAUUAUUUUUGGUGACAACAAUAUUUUUAUUUUCUGGAUUACAAAAAUGUUGUAUGUAUUUCAUGUUGAUACUGGUGCUACGUUGACCUUUGACAUCAAAUUAGCACUUCAAACGGUUGGCGAGCUGAAGGAAGCAAUUGAACGAGAAUGUGGGGUUUUAGCAGUACACCAAGUGCUACUGAUGAGCGGUGGCGAGAGUUUAGAGCCUCAUGCCCGAGUUUGCUCGUACUCUGCUGGCACCGACACAAAUCCCAUUUAUUUGUUCAGCAAAGCAGCUAUCGAAAGUCAAGUGCCGCCUAUACCUCACACUGAUUACAGUACAGAUGUCGACUUAGUAGAACAAAUAACAGCCUCGCUAGCAAUGCCAGCAACUUACGCAACUCUAGUAGCUCGGGCCCAAUUGGCCCAACAAUGCUGCGCAAUAGCCCGGGACCAGACACGAACAUGCGAGCGACUGGUCCACGACCAACAUCUCCAACAGCAGGGCUGGGCGGCGGUGGUAGCAAAUUUGGAAGACAUAACGCAAAUGUUCAAGUCAAAGGCGGAUUUGUUGCAGCAAUCUUUCACCCAAUACCUAGCGGAGCGGCAGCAGCACAUGCAGCUGCUGAAUAACUUCAACAAGGACCUGGACACGCUUUCGAAAAUUCCGAUUUUGCCGGCUCUGAGGGCCCAAGCUGAAGGACUGUUGAGCGUUGACGACGGGGAUGAAAUCAUCGAGCCUAACAACUGCGAGGUCAUGAGUCUCCUCCGUUGGAUCUCUGCUAAAGACAACCAGAGCAGCUUGGAACAGGUCGCGGAACAGUGCUCGCGAGGAUUGGAACAGUUCGACGAACGGAUGAUGGAGGCGCUCAAAAGCGAAGUUAAUGCCGCCAUUGAUGCGUCUAAUAAGCCUGAAAUGAAGGAAAUUAAGGGCCUGGGGGAAAGGUUGUUUGCUUUAGAGCAGCUGAUGGCUCAGACAAAGCGGCUCGUUCAAGAGCAAGGCGAAUUGGCCCAAGGGUUCCACCAAAAUCAGACUAGGGCCAAUAAUUUGGGCGAUGCUAGUGUCUUACCUGAUUUAUGUGCAAGUCAUCGCAAACAGCUGGCUGUUAUGAUGGAGAAUUAUAGUCAAUUGAGGGAUAUUAGAAGAAGAUGUACUCGAGCUAAAGAGGAGUUAUCAGUAAAUAUAUAUCAACGGCUAAAAUGGAUAAUGUAUGUAGAGAACAAGAUGAUGGAAGUGAACGGAAAACUGGUGAUGUACCACGAAAAUUUAAAGCGAUUACGUCGUCAUUUGGAGGUACUUCUGCAAAUACAUUUGGCACCGCAGAUGUAUGUUAGUGCUGUCAGCGAAGUUGUUAGAAGACGUACGUUUUCGCAAGCAUUUUUGGUGUGGGCGAGUAAUCUCGCUUGUCAAUUAUUAACAGUACACAAUGAGGAAAUUGCUAGACGUAGAGAAUUUCAGAGCAAAUUCGAUGGGCAUUUUUUGAACAGCCUAUUUCCGGGUUUGGAGGAUGUUCCACCUAGUUUUGCUACUCAAGCGCCAACUGUUUUCGAUAAUGGAUUGCCUAAGCUGACUGCGGACGAUAUGGAAUCUCUAAAAAUUCAAUUACCCGAUCUCACGGAUUCCAUUUCAACGCCCGAUUUAAAUAGCAUCACGCAAUUUUUCCUCUCCAAGAGUCUCACGUCGGUUACGAGCAGCGAAGAAAAUAAUAUUAACAAAAUAAUUAAAGAAGACGAUAGUACAACUUCAAUGCCUGUCGAUGUGUCGGCUACCAAGGAACCAAGUGACAGAAUUUCUCACAGAGUUGGCUUUGAAUCAGAAACAGAUACAGACGAAUUUGAGAAAAUAAGCCAGCAAAAUGUGAGCGAUUCAAAUUCAUCAUCAUCAAAACAGCAGCAAGAAAGAGUAAAUACGUACGAGAAAAAAUUAAUGAUGCCGAACAAACAAUUGGAGGAAAAUUUGGGAAACACACGCAGUGAAGUAGAACGUUUACGUACAAUAUUACGUACCCUAAAAUUAGCAAUGAACGAGGCAAUAUCGGCCUUCAAGAGCGAAUUAAAUUUAUUACGUGAAAAAGUAAACACGGAUAAAAACGGAAUAAUUGAUGUAAGCGAGCGAAUGAACGAAGCAUUAAUUCUACACUCACGUGAAUGUGAACGUAUAUUACGUGAACGUGAGCAAGAAUUAACAGUGGAUCAUGAAUUGGAAUUAGCGGAUGCUAAAAAAUUGAUCCAAGCCCGCGACGACGAAAUACGUAAUUUGGAAGCUUCCAUUGAGGCGAAAGACACCGAAUUUACCGAGCUGAGGGCCCAGCUGAUGCGUCAAAAAUUGGACAACAGUCAGCAGGAAGAAAUGUGCAAUUUGCAGACGCGCUACCAGAGUCAAUUGAACGAGGCGCUGGAGCAGGCCAGGAUGGACAAGGAGAAUGCGCUAGCUCGGGCUCGAGAGGCCAGUUUGAUUGAAAAAAACGCUCUUAUGAUCCAGCUUGAAGAGUGUCGAAAAAAUAUUUGCGAGUUGGAGGAUACUUUGGCUAAGACUCGCGCCGAUCAGUCGAAAUUGAUAAAAGAAGCUACUGAUAAACUUCAAGCUGAGCAUAAAAACGAGUUCGAAACUAUGAAGGGACGAUUUAAAUUGAUGACUGCAUCUUCUGUUAUGGAACGCAGUCCUAGUGACUCAAGUCUUGAGAAAAUCGAGCGUCCAGAUGUGAUAGAACUAUCAAACCACGAAUCAAUUCUCGCGCAGACGAGAGAAAAUCUCGAGUCAGAAAAAUCAGAAGCAGUGCGCCAAGCUCUAGUAAAAGAAGCUUCAGACUUCGAAGCGAAGCUGCAGUACGCCUUAGCAUUGUCUACCAAGAAGCUGACCUCCGAAUUGGAGUCUCAGCGACUCCGCGAGACAGUCUUGGUGGAUCAGUGCCGUCAGUACCAGGAGAUGAUCAGACGCCUGACAGAAGAAGACCACUCAGCGCAUCAGGUGCUCAAGGAGAAGGUAUCCACCCUAGAAGCUGAGAACUUUCACCUGGAGAGCAAGAUGUCGGCUGAUAGGAAGAUGCUGAAGCAAAGAGAGACUCAGUUGCAUGAUUUAGAGACCCAAUUGUCGACCAGCAAGGAUGACAUCGACGUGUCCGAGUCUAAGAAGGUCAGGUUGGAGUCUAAAAGCGAGCAAGACUCGCUGAACCUCAGGCUGGAAGCUAAGAGCGAGACUGAUUCGCUGACCCGGCGCCUGGAGAUCCUCGAGGUGGACAACAAGCGGCUCAGUGCGGAGUUAAAAGUUUCCAGGGAGAGCAGAGAGUCCAUUGAGAACCGCGUGGAGGCUCUGGAGGCAGACAAAGUUCGCCUGGAGAUCGAAUUAGUAAAAGAACGCGCUCUCAGAGGAUUCGCUGGAAGAAGUCUUGGAUCUGUUAGCGACAGUGGUAUGGCCUCUUCUAUCGAGUCCAGGGACAAGGACAUGAUUGCUUCGGUCGCUGUUGUUGAGGCUCAUGAAGAGCUGGCCGCUUCCAAGGGAAUCUUCCGCGAGAAACUCAUCAAGAGCACCAACAGCUUGCUCAGUCAGUUUUCCAUCAGCUUGCACACUUGCAAUACUGGAGACUGCGUGGUGGUUCUUUGGGACUCGGUUCAUACUAGCUACAUUGUUCUUCAAGAGUCUACUACUAUGUAUUUCCUCCAUUCGGACUGUGUUGAUCUCCUUGGGUUGAAGACUGGCUCCGAUGGUAUUCCUAAGCAGAUUUAUGUCUUUGGGGAGGUCAUUGAUAAACAGUAUUGUCACGCCAAAAAGAAGGAGAAUCGUUACCACGUGCCUCAAGGUACGAAAUUUUACCGUGUAAGAGUGAAACCGCUGCAACGAGAUUGCACCCUGAUAGCUUCGUCGUCCGAAAAAAAUCAGCAGAAGUUGCAUUUUCUUGAAGACACCGCCAUCGUGAUUACACUCAAUUAAUCAGUUAUUGUUUAAAAAAAAAUUGUCUAAUUAACUAUUCACUACUUGUCACUAACAAAAAUACACCACAAAACACUUGACAAUUAAUUUUAUCAGUUGUCA